UUAGUAAAACGCAACAUAAUCUAUUACUGUUUACUUCAAAUUGAACACGAACCCUUUGUUAGUAGAAUAUCACAAAUCAAAUUAUUCUAUAAACAAUACACGACUAUCUAUUACCAUACGUGCGCAUUUUAUUAGAAAUGGAGCUAGACAUGCAAACUUUCUACAAUCCGUGGCUAAUACGAAAUUCGAGCAACAGAAUAAAAUCAACAACUAACCCAGUUAAAGUCUAUUACUUUUUAUAAGUUUUGAUCUUAAAUAAAAUAAAUACAUUUUUAUUGAGAUAAAUAAAAAUUUUAAAAAUGGUAGAUUUUUAUAAAGCUUCAAAACAGGAUAGGAAGUAUGCACAAUUAGAUAAAUUGAAAAUAAUUCUACCUAGUGAUGCUGACUGGCAGCUGAGCACCUAUAAAAAACUGGUUGAAAGACAAAGAGAUAUGAGUAGACAAAUCAUAGAGAACAACUUGAUUUUAAUGGCGUCAUCUAUAAAAAUUGGCAAUUUACUUCAAACUGCUUUUAAAACUAAGUCUCAUAAGAUUGCAACAAAAAAACACCUUGAAGUUCAAACAUUUUUCGAAAACGAUUCAAUGAUCGAAGAACUUGACAGAAGUACAGAACAAUGGUCUAAUUGUGAAGUAGCACUUGCGGCCAAAGUAUUGAGUGCUAGUGAUCCUAAAAAACAUGGAGUACUUUUUUCAAAUGAUAAUCAAAUGAGAAGAGUAUACGAUAUUAUUUUCGAUGUUUUUAGAUAUGGAACAAUUCUUGAUGAAAUUCUAAAAAAUAUAGAUUUUGAUAAAAAUUAUCUGAUAUAUACACAAAUGCAGCUGUUGGUCUGGUUAAUAACAUUCGACUAUUAUAGAAAUAAAUUUAAGACAAGGAAACUUAGUGAAAAAGAAAAAAUGAACUAUAAGGAGCUGAAAUUGUUAGAAAUUAUUGACAUUUUACAAGAAAUCAAAAUUCAGCUGGCCGCAUCUUUAUCAAAAUUCAGAAUAAAACAUUGCGCUCUCUCAUUAGCCGAUGUGCUACCUAAACAUUUACGAAACGAGCGCUUUAAUAAAUCCUCAGAAACUAUCAUAACUUGUUGGAUAAAUACAUUUUUAACUAGUGAAGAGAAUGCGUUGAAAAUAUUAGAUGAAGUAGGUUUGCGUCUAGUAAAUAAAUUAGAAGAUUUAACACCGAAUACUUAUAAAAAGGAUUCAUUAUUACCAUAUUUUUUACAAGUAUAUCCUGCUGAUAGAUCAGAGUUUUUUAAGAAAACUCAACUAUUCAACAAAUAUUUACUUAUUAUUCAGGAAAGAAGGUACUGUAUUGGACCAGCUAUGUUAGAUAGGACAAUGAGUGCAAAUAAACUUUGUGGUAAUGUAGCUCAAACACAUUUUACAAUACAAAAUGCUGUAGCGUAUUUAGCAUCAUUGUUAUUUAAGCGAAGCCAAUCAUUAAUUGUCUAUGGAGCUGCUGAAAGAAAAAAGGAUUACUACAGUUAUUUUGUUAAGUUAGGAGUCCAAAACUGUAAAUUAAUAACUGAAGAUUUUUUGCUGUCUAAUUCAGAUCAUCUAUUAUUGGAUAUUGUUUCAAUAUUAGCUACUCCGCCUAAUACAAAUACUGGAGUUACUGACCCUGUACAACUAGUAUGUUCUAAGGGAGGUGAUUUGACCUUACUAAAAGCUGUCACCUCAUUAGAUUAUACCGAGGAUUCAUCAGAUAUACCAUGUAUGUUAGAACAAAGAGAUACUCUUAGGAUGACAAUGUCAAAACCACAAGUGCAAAUCAUUGUUUAUGAGACGCAUUCUAGGCUAGAGUUAGAAAAUGGUGGUAUGGUUAAAUCUGUGGUCGAAGAAAUGAAUGGAUGGGCUUAUGAGAAACAUAAUUCAGACAAUUUUACAAUGACAAAGCCUGAAGAAAUGUUCAAUACAUCUAUUGAAACUCCAUGGCGAUCAGCUGUUUUUCAACCGAUUCAGAUACCAGACAUGGACCGAUUUGAGACAAUGAUGCUUUACCCAGAUAAGAAACUCGAAAAUAUGGAAGAAAGCCAAGUUACUGGUAGUAUUUACCUAGCAGCCAUUAAAAGAGUUGAACUUAUGACAUUCGACGCUAACCAUUUGAUAUGUAUGGCUGAAAAGAGGGGUCUAUUUGGUAAACCUUUAAAAAGUCGCAAACAAAAAGUCGUCAGUCCGGUCUUAGUAUCUCUGUCCAAUAGUGAUAAACCAAGAAAAACAAUUAAUGUUGAACAAAUGCAUAUAUUAGUUCCUACACAUUCUUUCAAACAAAGAUGUCUAGACAAAGUAUUAGUAUGCCCACGCUUCAUUAGAGCAUAUGAUAAAACAUCUAUAAUAACUCGAUGGUGGCAUUGUUGCAUACAGCAUAUUAUUAAGUCAUUAAGGAAACCAUUUUUUGUACUGAAUAGGAUACAAAUGGUAAGAUUAAAAAAAAAAAAUUGCAAAAAAGAAUUGUGUAUGCACAAAGUUAUUCCAAUAUUCAAAUUACCAAAAACAAGUAACUUAUCAAAAUUUAAUGUACAUUAA